CCGCCUACACCACCUCAGCAUGCCUAAGCUCGAUUCAAAAGUAGCUGCCCUUGUCGAUGCUACCCGCGAUGAUGAAUCAGACGAAGAUGCCCUUAUUGCGGAGCUAGAAAACGACGACAGCCUCGAUGCUUUCCGCGAACAGAGACUGCAGCAGCUUCACGCAGAGUUCGACAAGGCCAAGAGGCUGCGUGCGCAAGAGCAUGGAACCUACACCGAGAUCAAAGACGAAAAGGCCCUCAUGGACAUCACCACCUCCACCAAGCUCUGCGUCGUGCACUUUUUCAAACCGGACUUCAACCGCUGCAGAAUCAUGGACGAGCACCUCGAGGCACUAGCUCCCGCUCACUACGAAGCUCGUCUUCUCAAAAUCAAUGUGGACAACUGCCCUUUUCUGGUCACCAGACUAAAAAUCCAAGUACUGCCCUGUGUGAUUGCUUUCAUCGACGGUGUUAGUGCGGAGCGUAUCAUUGGCUUUGAGGGAUUGGGUCGAACACUCGACAAUUUCACGACCCGUGAUUUGGAGGCCAGGUUGAUCCGUGUUGGUGUUCUUGCAAGAGAGAAGGUCAACGAAGACGAGGACGAGAGACAGAUGGCUAGGAGGAGAAAGGAGAUGGCGCGAGCGGACGAAGAUGACGAUGAUUGGGAUUAAAAUUGGUUGCAUACAUGUAUGCAAUAUUCGACACAGAGCAUUGAAUGAUACCCAGAAACCCCAAAAAAUGAUCGUCAGAAGCUUGAUUCAAUUUAGCAUUUGACCCAGGAACUAAUAGAUAUAUAUGAAUUAGCAUGCUACUCGAUGCUGUGGCACACGAACC